AUGUUAUCAAACAAUAUAAUCAGUUAUUUUUUAAAUUUAAAAUUCUAGGAUUUAAAACUAUAUUAAUUAAUUAUAGGAGAUAUUAUCUUGGUUUAUAUCUGAUUAUUUUGAGGUUUUAGAAAUAUGAAAAGGUUUUAAUUUAUUCUUCUGUAAAACACCCUGAAUUUUGUCUAUCCUUUGUAAUUUUGGUAUAAACUGGAAUAAAAUAAACUAAAACUAUUCCCACAACUGCAGGAAAGUUGGCCUUUGCGCAGAAUAAAUUAUGGCUACAGAAAUAAAACCCAUUAAAAGACUUCAACAAGAUGUAGUCAAUCGAAUUGCAGCUGGUGAGGUCAUACAAAGACCGAUGAACGCCUUGAAAGAACUAAUUGAGAACAGUUUGGAUGCCAAGUCCACAAAUAUUCAGAUAACGGUUAAAAAUGGGGGACUGAAAUUUUUUCAGAUCCAAGAUAACGGUACAGGAAUUCGUAAAGAAGAUUUUGAAAUAGUCUGUGAAAGAUUUACCACUUCUAAACUGACAGAAUUCGAAGACCUACAAAAAAUCGCUACGUUUGGAUUUCGAGGGGAAGCUCUGGCCAGUAUUUCACAUGUAGCACAUUUGUCAAUAAUAUCAAAAACUAAACACGAUAUAUGCGCCUAUCAAGCAGAGUUUAAUGAUGGCAAGUUAAAAAUGCCCCCCAGACCCAUGGCGGGUAAUCAAGGCACUAUAAUUACAGUAGAGGAUCUUUUUUACAAUAUGACUGUUCGUAGACAAGCUUUACGUUCACCUGCUGAAGAAUAUCAAAAAAUUUCUGAAAUAGUUAGCAAGUAUGCUAUACAUAAUGCGUCUAUAGGUUUUGCAUUAAAGAAAUACGGAGAAAAUAACGACAUACGGACAUCGCAAAAUUCGAAUUGUACGGAAAAUAUUCGUUUAAUAUACGGAAACUGUAUCGCACGUGAAUUAGUAGAAUUUGAUUUUGAAAAUAGAGACUUGGACUUCAAAGUCAAAGGGUACAUGACGAAUGUGAAUUAUUCACAUAAAAAAUAUCAGUUUAUUCUUUUUAUAAACAACCGAUUGGUUGAUUGUCAAGGUUUAAAAAAAUGUAUCGACGCAAUUUAUCAAACGUACCUACCGAAAAAUAAUCAUCCUUUUGUGUACCUUAGUUUAGAAUUAAAUCCACGAAAUAUAGAUGUUAAUGUUCAUCCUACAAAACACGAGGUUCACUUUUUGAAUGAAAGUGAAAUUGUUGAAUCCAUCACGACUGCUAUAGAACAAAAACUGCUUGGAUCAAACAAUGCUAGAAUAUUUUAUACUCAGUCUAAGUUACCAAACGUCCAUUUUGAGACUGCAAAACCCAAAACUAACCAAACGCUAAAUACAUCAGAAGUGGAACCAAAAUAUUUGGUACGAACAGAUUCGAGUUUACAAAAACUCGAUAAGUUUUUUGAAGUAAAGUCAAAAAAAGAUAAAUGUACAACGAAAAACACACUAAAUGUAUCUCUAACAGAAGAGCAAUACCAAGAAUGCCACAAGGAAUUCGUCAAAGAUCAUGAACAUUUCAAUAACAAAUUAUUUAAAAUUACAGAUUCACAUACUACUCCUCUAGUACCAGGUAAUGUUGAAGAUGUACCAAAGAAGUCUAUCAUUGUUGAAAAUGAUUUAAAACUGGACCACAAAAUGGGUAAUAGUCCAAAAAGUAAGAGAAAAAAUAAAGAUUUAUCGAAAAGCGAAGAAACAGUGACAUCCGGAGGACCUAGUAUACAUUUAAUUAAAAGAACUACUAGAGUAGAGACAAAGCUAGCGAGUGUUUUAACACUCAGGAAAGAUGUGGAGAAUAAUUGCCAUAGAACUCUGAGAGAAACGUUUGCUCAACAUGUGUUUGUAGGCGCUAUUAACCCAAAACAAGCCCUUAUACAGUACAACAUUCAGUUAUUAAUGUGUAACACAAUGGAAAUUCUGCAAGAAUUUUUCUAUCAACUCAUACUUUAUAAUUUUCAGAAUUUCGAUUGUUACAGAUUUGCCAAGCCUCUGUCUAUCAAAGAGCUCGCCCUGAUUGGUCUGGACCUUCCAGAUACAGGGUGGACUGAAGAUGACGGUCCCAAAGAGGAACUCGCAACCAGGGUUAGUGAGAUUUUAAUAGGAAAGGGGGCAAUGCUUAAUGAGUAUUUUUCGUUAGAUAUUGAUAAGGAUGGAAAUCUCAGGACAAUACCUAUUUUAUUAGAAAACUACAUACCUGAUCUUUCCGGUUUACCAUUAUUUCUAAUCCGUCUGGCUACAGAGGUAGAUUGGGAAACCGAAAAAGAAUGUUUUCACACAUUCUCACAAGAAACAGCCAUAUUCUACGCGAAUGUUCCAGAAGAAGAUAACGCAUUUAAGAAAUCCUGGAGAUGGGUGACUGAAUACGUCUUGUACCCAGCCAUAAAAACAUAUUUUUUACCUCCAAAGGACUUCAGUGAUACAGCCGCUAUUUUAGAAAUAGCCAACCUACCUAAUUUGUAUAAGGUUUUUGAACGAUGUUAGUUACUUAAUAAUAAUAUAUUUCUUAUUUUCUUAAAUAAAUAUAUUUUCUUCA